GCCAUUUCCGUGCACAACGGGAACAGAACAGUGGAGCUGAAAUGCAUGCAGAGUUUCGAAUACUAUUCGGGAAGCCUUGGUGGUGCGUACGUGCUGAAACUUAACGCACCCGUUGAGAAACUACAACUGAGUGGUCUCGAGCGCUUCAUUGUUUCCGGACCACUGCGCCAAACUGCUUUUUUAUUGUCAAAAUUAGUGCAACAACGCUUAUCAAUAAACAAUUUGGAAGGAGCUGAGGGAAGUCGGCUGCAAAUGCAGAUGCGCAUUGAUGUGCGAAGUCUAUCGUGGGCCGAGAUAAUCACACGUUUUGCGACGAAUUUUGCUCCAAACGACGUUCAAUUUUACACAGAUAGCAUUGGAUUACAACUCAUAAAACGCAAUGAAUUUGAAACAGACUGGCGGCCAGAAAUGAAUUAUUAUCCGAUGCCAACGGCGCUGGUACUAGACGAUGGCUCGAAACGACUCUCCGUGCUCAGCAACUUUUCUCCAGAUCGUCGGCUAAAGUACGAUGAUGGAAAAGGGCUCGGCUCUGAUAUACCAGUGGAUAAUUUACCAGUUAAUAUGGCAUUCACAUUUGUACUGGAAGAAAUUGUGCCUGAAGAAAGUGAAAAACUCCGAAAGGAAAUUUGUUUGCAGCGACAAUUUGCCUACAACACACUGGCCGCUCAUCAAGCCCUGCGUUCACUCAUUUAUCAGCCACAAGUAUUCAUCGCCGACGGAAUUUUGGAAGAAUUGCCGACUCAGAAAGUGCCGUCAUUUCCAUGCGACGUGCAGCUGCUUAGUGUUCGACCUCUAGCACAUGUUGAUAGUGUACGGCUAAUGGUAGUGCACCGAGCUGGCAUCGAUUGCAGAAGCCUCAACGCUCCGACAUGCAUUGCAACCGAAUUUGAUAAUGCGAUAAAGAAAUAUUUGCGAUCAAUUGGUGCCUCAAAAAUACAAAAAACACUGCUCAACGGAGUGCAAAAAAUCGGUAAGGAAAUCGACUACUAUCAGGAAAAAUUUUCACUGAAACCAAUGGAUUUUGCUGCAUACCUCGUACGAUUCAGUUAA